AUGACUCUGCCGAAAGACCCCGAGCUUUGGCGCACAGACUGUGAGGGUAUAAAAGCCCGGAGAUCCCUUUGUUCGCGGUCCCUCCUCGGAAACACGAGCUCCAGCUGCUUUUGUGUUGCUGCACCACGAUUAACUUAUUUUAAGGAUCCAGACGUCUGGGACUCUGCUGUGGGAAACUCAGUGCUGAGGCGGUGUGUUGAACUUGAUCAAAAGGAGAUCCUGUUUGGCGGGUACUCUGCUGUUGCAGUUUCUGAGAGCUAUGGGAAUGAGGGAGGGCAUUGCAAUUCUAUAUAUAAAGCAUCCAAGCUUGAAGAGGGCAGCCUAGAAAGUGGUAGCAGUGACACUACCUGUUUGGAACGGAGGGGAGCUCUUGAAAAAACCUCUCCAGUCCUGCCAUGCAACAUGUUCCCAACAGUAAUACUGCUCAUCUUCUGCAGUUUUCUGCAGUCUGCUGUUUUGAGCAAGGAUUCCUGUUCUACGUGGGGUGGAGGGCAUUUUUCAACCUUUGAUAAAUACCAGUAUGACUUCACUGGGACUUGCAACUAUAUCUUUGCAACUGUAUGUGAUGAAACCAGCCCGGACUUCAACAUUCAGUUCCGCCGUGGGAUGGACAAAAAAAUCGCAAGGAUCAUUAUUGAGCUUGGACCUUCUGUUGUCGUUGUUGAGAAAGGCAGCAUUUCUGUCAGGAGCGUUGGAAUUAUUCAGUUGCCUUACACCAGCAAUGGAAUUCAAAUAGCGCCUUAUGGGCACAACAUCCGCCUGGUCGCCAAGCUGAUGGAGAUGGAACUAGUUGUCAUGUGGAACAAUGAUGACUAUCUCAUGGUUUUGGCUGAAAAAAAGUACAUGGGCAAAGUCUGUGGAAUGUGUGGAAAUUAUGAUGGUUAUGAAUUGAACGAAUUUGUGCGUGAAGGUAAAUUGCUGGACACAUACAAAUUUGCUGCAUUACAAAAAAUGGAUGAUCCAUCAGAGAUCUGCCUGUCUGAGGAGAUACCAAUUUCCACCAUUCCUCACAAAAAAUAUGCCCUGAUCUGCUCUCAGCUGCUUAAUUUGGUGUCCCCAACCUGCAGCGUGCCAAAGGAUGGGUUUGUCACUCGUUGCCAGCUGGAUAUGCAGGACUGCAGUGAGCCAGGACAAAACACCUGUGCUUGCUCUACACUGUCAGAAUAUUCAAGGCAAUGUGCUAUGUCCCACCAAAUGGUGUUCAACUGGAGAACUGAAAACUUCUGUUCUGUGGGAAAAUGUUCUGCGAACCAAAUCUAUGAGGAAUGUGGUUCUCCAUGUAUUAAAACCUGUUCCAACCCAGAGUACAGCUGUUCCAGUCACUGUACCUACGGUUGCUUUUGUCCAGAAGGAACUGUUCUGGAUGAUAUCUCCAAGAACCGAACGUGUGUUCACAUUAGCCAGUGUCCAUGUACACUGAAUGGGAAAACAUACGCUCCUGGGGAGACAAUGAAAGCAACAUGUAGGACCUGUAAAUGUAUGAUGGGCCAAUGGAACUGCAAAGAUUUGCCCUGUCCUGGAAGGUGUUCACUGGAAGGAGGCUCCUUUGUUACCACGUUUGAUUCUAGGUCAUAUAGAUUCCAUGGGGUUUGCACUUACAUUCUCAUGAAGAGUUCCAGCCUGCCACACAAUGGAACCCUAAUGGCUGUGUAUGAAAAGACUGGUUAUUCUCAUUCUGAGACGUCACUUAGUGCUAUAAUUUACCUGUCCUCAAAGGACAAAAUUGUGAUUUCUCAGAAUGAUCCCCUCACAGAUGAUGAUGAACUUAAGCGGCUGCCUUACAGAUCAGGAGACAUCACUGUUUUCAGACAGUCCUCAAUGUACAUUCAAAUGCAUACAACCUUCGGGCUGGAACUUUUAGUUCAAACAUCACCUGUGUUCCAGGCCUAUGUGAAAGCUGGAUCACAAUUCAAAGGCAGAACUUUAGGUUUAUGUGGCAAUUACAAUGGAGACACUACAGAUGACUUCAUGACUAGCAUGGAUAUCACUGAAGGGACAGCCUCCCUGUUUGUAGAUUCCUGGAGGGCAGGAAACUGCCAUCCUGCUUUAGAGAGAGAUACCGAUCCUUGUGCUUUGAGUCAACUAAACAAAAUAUCUGCUGAGACUCAUUGCUCCAUUCUUACCAAGAAGGGUACGGUGUUCGAGAAAUGCCAUGCUGUGGUCAACCCUAUUCCUUUCUACAAGAGAUGUGUCUACCAGGCCUGUAACUAUGAAGAGACCUUUCCUUACAUUUGUUCUGCUCUGGGAUCAUAUGCACGAGCGUGCAGUUCCAUGGGUUUAAUCCUUGAGAACUGGAGAAGCAGCAUGGACAAUUGUACCAUUACUUGCACUGGCAAUCAAACAUUCAGCUACAACACUCAGGCAUGUGACAGGACAUGCUUGUCACUCUCCAACCGAGCCCUGGAAUGCCACCCAACUGAUAUUCCUAUUGAAGGCUGCCAGUGUCCUGAAGGACUGUACUUGAACCACAAGAACGAGUGUGUUCGUAAAUCUCAUUGUCCCUGCUAUUUAGAAGACAGAAAAUACAUCCUGCCUGACCAGUCAACAAUAACUGGUGGGAUCACCUGCUACUGUGUUAAUGGAAGGCUAAGUUGCACAGGCAAACCUCAAAAUCCUGCAGAAAGCUGCAAAGCUCCUAAGAAAUACAUAUCGUGUUCCGACAGUUUAGAAAACAAGUAUGGAGCUGCAUGUGCCCCUACGUGUCAGAUGCUGGCUACUGGCAUUGAAUGUAUACCGACUAAAUGUGAAUCAGGCUGUGUCUGUGCUGAUGGCUUGUAUGAAAAUCUCGAUGGCAAAUGUGUCCCAGCUGAGGAGUGUCCAUGUGAAUAUGGUGGCCUUUCGUAUGGAAGAGGUGAACAAAUCCAAACUGAAUGUGAGAUCUGCACUUGCACAAAAGGCAAAUGGAAGUGUGUUCAGAAAUCAAGGUGUUCCUCAACGUGUAACCUGUACGGAGAAGGCCACAUCACCACUUUUGAUGGACAGCGCUUUGUGUUUGAUGGCAACUGUGAAUACAUAUUAGCUACGGAUGGCUGCAGUAUUAACAGACCUGUUUCCUCUUUCAAAAUUGUUACUGAGAAUGUCAUCUGUGGGAAAUCAGGAGUUACAUGCUCCAGAUCCAUCAGCAUUUACCUUGGGAAUUUGACAAUCAUACUGAGAGAUGAAACCUUCACUAUUUCUGGGGAAAAUCCUAGUGUGCGAUAUCACGUGAAAAAGAACGCCCUCCACCUGAUGUUUGAUAUCAUUAUCCCAGGAAAAUACAACAUGACCCUUAUUUGGAAUAAGCACAUGAACUUCUUCAUCAAGAUCUCCAGAGGAACACAGGAAACUAUAUGUGGUUUGUGUGGGAACUAUAAUGGCAACAUGAAGGAUGAUUUUGAAACUCGAAGCAAGUACGUGGCAUCAAACGAAUUGGAAUUUGUCAAUUCUUGGAAAGAGAAUCCUCUCUGUGGGGAUGUGUACUUUGUAGUGGACCCCUGUAGCAAGAACCCUUAUCGUAAAGCAUGGGCAGAAAAGACAUGUUCUGUCAUCAACAGCCAGGUUUUUUCUGCCUGUCACAAUAAGGUGAAUCGGAUGCCCUAUUAUGAGGCCUGCGUUCGAGACUCUUGUGGGUGUGACAUUGGAGGGGACUGUGAGUGCAUGUGUGAUGCCAUUGCAGUGUAUGCCAUGGCAUGUUUAGACAAAGGUAUCUGCAUUGACUGGAGGACCCCUGAGUUCUGUCCUGUCUAUUGUGAGUACUACAAUUCUCAUAAAAGAAAAGGAGUUGACAAUGCUUAUUCCUCUGGCUACAAUGAUGACAAGUGCACCUGGCAUUACAGGCCUUGUAAUUGCCCAAAUCAAAACUACAAAUAUGUCAACAUUGAAGGUUGUUACAACUGCUCUCAUGAUGAAUACUUUGACCAUGAAAAGAACUUGUGCAUGCCAUGUGGAGAAGAAAGCACUAGUACCACGCCUGAAACAUCUUCGCCAGUAACAACAGUGCAGCCUGAAGUAACAAGAAGCUCUGCCACAAGCACCCUACCAACAGUACCUAGUACUUCUUCUGCAACUGCUAUAUCAACUGAGAUUACAAAUCCAACAAUAACUGCAAAAAUUACAGUUCCCAGAACUUCACCCAUACAACCUCUUGUCACAAUAAAGUCAACAACUGAACACACAACAUCAAUUUCUACCACACUGAACAUGACUACAACCAUCACUACUCCUUCCAUAACUACCACACCAAAGAGAACCAUGACCACUAUACCAAAGUCUACGCCUGCUGCCUCAUCAACUGCUGCAUCAACAGAGACAGAGCCAGUAAGGGUCACCUCACCACCCUUCAAGACCACUAUCAAAGAGGAAAUGACAACCUCCUCACUAUCUACUCAAACCCUGUCUCAGAGCAUAACUUUCAGCAAGCCUAAACUACCACCAGCAGUGAGUGAGGGAAUCCCAACAACCACUCUGCACCAACCAGAAGUUGUCACCCACAUAAGAACAUGGACACAGCCUGCGCAGCAUCUCGUCACGCAGACACAGACCAACCCUGCCACAUCCACCAGCAGCACAUCUCCAAGCCCGAGCUCUUUGCCUGCCACCUCAGCCUCAUCUGCUUCUUCCCUUUCCUCAACUGUGUCCUCGACACGGCUGGGAACAUCACAUCCUGGUAAGGCUCCCUCCUGCCCUUCCUGCUGCUCUGUCUGCUUCUUCCAGCUCCCACCAUUUUCUCCUAGGCAGCAUGUCCCGCACAGGAAUCAGUUUUGCAACGUAAAACUGACCUGUGCUUUCCUCCCAACAGCCAUCACCCAUAAAAAGUCAACUGAGCCACACAUUGAGCCACCUCUGACCACACACAAGACCACGGCCUCCACCUCCAUCAGCAGCACCUCCAAGACCUCUGUCUCCACAGAGACACCAAGCAGCACAGAACUCCCUCUGGCAACAUCAUCUCCAAAUCCCAGCUCUUCACCUGCCCCCAGCAGCCCACUCAGCACCCGGCUGCCAUCUGCUCCCACUUCCACACUCUAUUCCACAGCAGCUCCAAGCACCAGCCCCAGGCCUACACCCACAACCCUGAGGCCCAAGCCCUCUUCCCCCAUGACAAGUGCUCCACAAGAGUCUCCUACAACAGAGACCUCUGCACCCACCACAGCCAAAACCAGCACAGUGCCAUCGCCUGCUCCUUCUGCUUCUUCCACUGUGUCCUCAACACAGAUGAGCUCCUCACAGCCUGCCUUCACCCAUAAAAAGUCAACUGAGCCACACAUUGAGCCACCUCUGACCACACACAAGACCACGGCCUCCACCUCCAUCAGCAGCACCUCCAAGACCUCUGUCUCCACAGAGACCAGCCCACCAAGCAGCACAGAACUCCCUCUGGCAACAACAUCUCCAAAUCCCAGCUCUCCGCCUGCCCCCAGCAGCCCACUCAGCACCCGGCUGCCAUCUGCUCCCACUUCCACACUCUAUUCCACAGCAGCUCCAAGCACCAGCCCCAGGCCUACACCCACAACCCUGAGGCCCAAGCCCUCUUCCCCCAUGACAAGUGCUCCACAAGAGUCUCCUACAACAGAGUCCUCUGCACCCACCACAGCCAAAACCAGCACAGUGCCAUCGCCUGCUCCUUCUGCUUCUUCCACUGUGUCCUCAACAUGGCUGAGCUCCUCACAGCCCGCCAUCACCCAUAAAAAGUCGACUGAGCCACACAUUGAGCCACCUCUGACCACACACAAGACCACGGCCUCCGCCUCCAUCAGCAGCACCUCCAAGACCUCUGUCUCCACAGAGACCAGCCCACCAAGCAGCACAGAACUCCCUCUGGCAACAUCAUCUCCAAAUCCCAGCUCUCCACCUGCCCCCAGCAGCCCACUCAGCACCCGGCUGCCAUCUGCUCCCACUUCCACACUCUAUUCCACAGCAGCUCCAAGCACCAGCCCCAGGCCUACACCCACAACCCUGAGGCCCAAGCCCUCUUCCCCCAUGACAAGUGUUCCACAGGAGUCUCCUACAACAGAGACCUCUGCACCCACCACAGCCAAAACCAGCACAGUGCCAUCCCCUGCUCCUUCUGCCUCCUCGACCAUGUCCUCAACACAGAUGAGCUCCUCACAGCCUGGAGUGCAGACCAGUUGCACAUUUUUUCUGAAUUGCUCUCCAUUCCCAAUAUUUUUUCACAUCCUCAAUGUGCUAUGCCUGUCCUUUGCUAUGGCCCUGUGGCACUGGUCUAGCCCCUGUAGUCUGGCCUCAUAG